UCAACUUUUCAACUUUAGCUUUCCACUUCAAGAGAAUGGCUAGUCUACUAUGGCUUGCUCACUUUCUCUGCUUCCUUUUGUUUCACUUGCAUUUCCAAGCUGCUUCUUCUUUACCUUUUUCUUUCAAUUCCUCCUCUCCAGCCAUGCCGUGUCAACAUGACCAGAGUCUUGCCUUGCUCCAAUUCAAGAAAACCUUUUUCAUUAAAAGUGCUCCUUCUACCUGGGAUUCCCCUUACCCCAAGCCUUAUCCUAAGACAGAGUCUUGGAAGGAGGACACAGAUUGCUGCUUGUGGGAAGGGGUCACUUGCAACAUAGAUACGGGUAAUGUAAUUGGUCUUGACCUUUCUUCUAGCUUGCUUUAUGGUACUAUCCAUUCUAAUAAUUCUCUUUUCUUCCUUCCUCAUCUCCAAAAGCUUGACCUCUCCAAGAAUGACUUUAAUCACUCUCAAAUUGUACCUCAGUUUGGCCAUUUUUUUAAUUUAACAUUUCUUAACCUAAAUUCCUCUGUUUUUGCGGGCCAAAUUCCACUAGAAAUUUCUUAUCUGUCUGGUUUGGUAUCUCUUGAUCUUUCUUGGAAUAAUGGUUUGAUGCUAGAAACCACUAUUUUUAAGAAGCUUGCUCAAAACCUAACCCAUUUACAGGAAUUGGACUUGAGUUAUGUAAACAUGCCUUUGGACGCACCUAGUUCCAUGAUGAAUUUGUCUUCUUCUUUGACAUCUCUCAAACUUAGGUAUUGCAUAUUUCAAGGAAAAUUCCCAGAUAUCAGUCAUCUAUCCAAAUUGGUUUCACUUCAGCUUUCUUCUUAUGGUGGUUUGACAUUAGAACCAAUGAUUUUUGACAAGCUUGUUAGAAAUCUAACCAAGAUAAGAGACUUCCACUUGAGUGCAGUGAACAUGUCUAUGGUUGAACCCAGUUCUUUUAUGAAUUUCUCUUCUUCUUUAUCGUCACUUGCACUCUCAUCUUGUGAAUUGCUAGGGGAAUUCCCGGACAACACAAUUCCAUCCUCAAUUGGAAGCCUUGUGGAACUCUCUUCGUUGGACCUCUCCAUUAACAAAUUUAAUGGUGAGAUUCCAUCCUCUUUUGAAAACCUUAAACAGCUUGCUACUUUGGUCCUCAAAUUCAAUAAUCUUACUGGUCAAAUUUCAUCCUCACUUGGAAGCCUUAAGGAGCUCUCUUUAUUGGACCUCUCCAAUAACAAUUUUAAUGGUGAGAUUCCAUCCACACUUGGAAGCCUUAUGAAACUCUCUUCAUUGGACCUCUCCAUGAACAAUUUUAGUGGUGAGAUUCCCUCCUCAUUUGAAAAACUUAAACAGCUUGAUACAUUGUCCCUCAUCGGCAACAGUCUCAGCGGUCAAAUUCCAUCCGCACUUGGAAGCCUUAAGGAACUCUCUUUAUUGUUCCUCUCCUCCAACAAUUUUAAUGGUGAGAUUCCCUCCUCAUUUGAAAACCUUAAACGGCUUCAAAUUUUGGACCUCCAAAACAACAAUCUUAGUGGUCAGAUUCCAUCCUCACUUGGAAGCCUUAAGAAACUCUCUUCAUUGGACCUCUCCUACAACAAUUUUGGUGGUGAGAUUCCAUCCUCAUUUGAAAACCUUAAACAGCUUGACAAAUUGUACCUCAAUAAUAACAAUUUCAGUGGUCAAAUUCCAUUCUCACUUGGAAGCCUUAAGGAACUCUCUUCAUUAGACCUCUCCUAUAACAGUUUUAACAGUGAAAUUCCUUCCUCAUUUGAAAACCUAAAACAACUUAAUUCUUUGAACCUCUGCAACAACACUCUCAAUGGUCAGAUUCCAUCCUCACUUGGAAGCCUCAAGGAACUCUCUUCAUUGGACCUCUCCUUUAACAAUUUUAAUGGUGAGAUUCCCUCCUCAUUUGAAAACCUUAAACAGCUUGACAAAUUGUGCCUCAAUAAUAACAAUUUCAGUGGUCAAAUUCCAUCCUCACUUGGAAGCCUUAAGGAGCUCUCUUCAUUGGACCUCUCCUUUAAUAAUUUUAAUGGUGAGAUUCCCUCCUCAUUGGAAAACCUUCAACAACUUCGAAUUUUGAACCUCCAAAACAAUAAUCUCGGUGGUCAAAUUCCAUCCUCACUUGGAAGCCUCAAGGAACUCUCUUUAUUGUAUCUCUCCUACAACAAUUUUAAUGGUGAGAUUCCCUCCUCAUUUGAAAACCUUAAACAGCUUCAAAUUUUGGACCUCCAAAACAACAAUCUCAGUGGUCAAAUUCCUAAUUAUUUUACAAACUUCAAUGAAUUAUUUUUAUCAAAUAAUCGGUUUACAGGUCCUAUCCCUUUCCAAGGAAGCAGGCUUUCAAAUGUAACAAUCCUCGAUUUAUCCAAUAACUUGUUAAAUUCAACAAUACCACCCUCACUAUUUACCCUACCUCAAUUGUGCAUUUUAAUCCUCAAGAAUAACCAGCUCACCGGCCAUUUAGGUCCAUUCCAAGGUAAUCAAUUGGGGUAUAUUGAUUUGAGCAAUAACAAGUUGCACGGCCCAAUUCCAAGUUCAAUUUUCAAACUUGUGAACUUGCGUGUUCUCAUUCUUUCAUCCAACAAACUGAUAGGAGAACUCUCUUAUGCAGUUUGCAAGCUAAAUUCUCUUGAAAUUCUUGACUUGUCAAAAAAUAGUUUGAACGGCUUCAUCCCACAAUGUUUGGGAAAUUUCAGUAGCAAAUUAUCAGUGCUGCAUUUGGGCAUGAACAAGUUCCAUGGAACCAUCCCUGAAACAUUUUCAGUAGGCAGCAGCUUGAGAUAUUUGAACUUCAAUGGCAAUCAAUUGCAAAGAAGAAUCCCACCAUCCAUUUCCAAUUGUAAAGAUUUGGAAAUUUUAGAUCUUGGCAACAAUACUAUAAAUGACACAUUCCCCCAUUUUUUGGAAACUCUUCCGAAGCUACAAGUUCUAGUGCUACAAUCCAAUAAACUCCACGGCUUGGUGAAAGGGUCCUCUGCCAAUCAUUCGUUUUUAAAGCUACGAAUUUUUGACCUGUCCAACAACAUGUUUAGUGGACCUUUACCUACAGAGUAUUUCAAUAAUUUCGAAGCAAUGACGAAUUUUGAUGUGAAAAUGAAAUACAUGGGGGAUCGAAUUUAUUCGUAUAAUUAUUCUGUUAGUCUAACAUUCAAAGGAUUGCAGAUUGAGUUGGUGAAAAUCCAAACACUUCUUACAACCAUUGAUUUGUCGGGCAAUAAAUUCACGGGGAAGAUUCCUCAAACGAUUGGAAAGCUUAAAUCACUUAAGCUGCUCAACUUGUCUCACAAUCAACUCACAGGCAAUAUUCAACCAUCAUUGGGGAAUUUGAGUAAUUUGGAAUCAUUAGACCUCUCUUUUAAUAUUCUUACUGGAAGGAUUCCAAUGCAAUUGGCAGAUUUAACAUUUUUGCAAGUAUUUCGGGUUUCGCAUAAUCGACUUGAAGGACCCAUACCUGAAGGAAAGCAGUUCAACACAUUUGAUAACACUUCAUAUGAAGGAAAUUUGGGAUUGUGUGGAUUUCCGCUAGAAAAAUGUGAUAAUGGGGAGAGGCAAAAACCAACAGGAUCAAAAGAAGAUGAUUCCGAAUCUAAAAUUGGAUUUGGGUGGAAACCUGUAUUGGCAGGGUAUGGAUGUGGAGUAAUAUUUGGUGUUGUAAUGGGAUAUAUUGUGUUUAAAACAAGAAAACCUACAUGGUUUGUGAGGAUGGUUGAAGGUGAAAGGCAUCGAAGGAUAAAAAGAUUCAACAAUUAAAAUUGUUCAUAAAGGAGAAACUUUUCAACGCAACUGAUGUUUACAGAUGAAGAGCAUCUAAGAAGACACAAAAUUGUUGCCAAAUGAAAUGAAGAUACGGUCUCUGAUGCAUAGCGCAUAUGAAUGCAAGGGCAAAUUUAUGGCACAAUUGUUCUAUCAUGUCUAAGUUUAUCAUGUUAUGGUUCUCUGUUUGUCUCUGUUUUUUCUUUAGGUAUAAAAGUUUCUUUGAUGAAGAAAUUUUUUGUAUUUCUAAAGUUCUGAGUUGAUGUAACAUUUCAUUUUAAUUUAAAUGUCAUGUUUGGGUUGAGUUUCA